AUGAGAUACUUGAUCGAAUUGCUCAUUAAACAAAAUUUGACCUUGGCUAGUUGUGAAAGUUUGACGGGUAGUUUAUUUGCUGCUGCAUUUACAGAAACUUCUGGAAUAGGACAAGUGUUUAAAGGGGGUUUGAUUGUUUACAACAAUGAAACUAAAAUAAAGUUGGUCAAAGUUCCCGCUUUUACUUUAAAAAAAUAUGGAGCUAUUAGUGCUGAAUGUGCUAAAAAAAUGGCCGCUAAUACUCGGCAGUUACUAAACACUGAUUUAGCCCUUAGUUUUACCGGCAAUGCUGGUCCUGCCAGUCAAGAAAAUAAACUAGUGGGAUUAGUUUUUAUUGGUUUGGCCACUAAAGAUAGUUUAAUAGUUAAGGAAUAUCAUUUUUCUGGUUCUCGGGGCGAAAUUAGAAAACAAGCAGUUCAAGCAGGAAUUAACCUAGUUAAAGCUUCUCUUGAAGAAGCGACACGACUAAUCUCUGAACAGGGGGCACGAUUAAAUGAUGGUAAACCGAUUAAACCGAUUCCUUUACCAGUUGAAAGAGAGGUUAUUACCGUACUUAUUUCUCCUCAUAAAUAUAAAGAUGCCCAAGAGCAAUUUAUUAGGCUAACUCAUCGGAGAGUGAUUCAUAUUUCAGAGAAGAUUUCUCAGCGAAAUCUAGAAAUUUUAUCAAAACUGAUGGAAAGUCUUCCUAAAACAAGGAAACUGCAAACUAAAGAAAGUCAAUUAGAAAUUGUUCGUAAGAAGUUAGUCAGUGAAAAUGAAAAAUUAAAAGCCAAUGAAAAAAAUCUGAAAAGUGAGGAAAAAAGACUUGAGAGUUUUGCUAAACAAUUAUUUCUUAAAGAAGAAUUAGUUACUCGACAAUUAAUUAUUGAUUCACAAAAACAAGAAGAGUUUCAAAAAAAAUCUGAAAAAUUAUUAAAAGUAAAAAAGCAAGUAACCGAACAUUUAGAAAAAAUAGCUUUAAUGAGCGUUGAGGAAGCUAAAAAGCACUUAUUUUUGUUGCUUAAAGAAGAGAUAGUUCAAGAACUUCAUGAUUUUCAAGAAGAGGAAAUUUUGCGAGUAAAAAACAAAGUUAGAGAGGAAAGUGCCAAAGUAAUCUGCUUAGCGUUGGAAAAAUAUAGUUCAGAGUUAGUUUUCCCUAAGACAACUAGUACUUUGCAAAUAGGAAACGAGCAAAUUAUUAGUAGGAUAAUUGGUAAGGAAGGAAGAAAUAUUAAUGCUUUCCGAAGGGUUACUGGGGCUGAUUUGCUAAUUGAUAAGGAAAAUAAAGAAUUAGUGGUUCAAGUUGUUUCUUUCAAUUCUUUACGAAGAGAGAUAGCUUUACAAACUUUAAGUUCUUUAGUCAAGGAAGAAAAAUUUUCUCCGACUCAAAUCGAAAAAACUUUUCAAAAAAUUAGUUUGGAGGUUAAUGAGUUAAUUAUUGAAAAUGGAAAAGCAGCACUACGGGAACUAGAGUUAACCGGCAUUCAUCCAGAAUUAAUUGGUUAUUUAGGGAAACUUAAGUAUCGUACCAGUUAUGGACAAAAUGUUUUAGAGCAUUGUGUGGAAGUAGCUAAAUUAUCAGGAAGUAUUGCGGUUGAGUUGGGUUUAGAUGUUUUCUUAGCUCGCCGGGCUGGUUUGUUUCAUGAUAUUGGAAAGUCUAUUGAGGAUGGCGGAAGGUAUUCUCACGUUCUUAAUGGGGUUGAACUAGCACGGAGAUAUAAGGAGCCAGAAGUGGUCAUUAAUGCUAUUUCUUCCCAUCAUCAUGACUAUCCCGCGGACAAUCUUUAUUCGCUAAUUGUUAUUGCUGCUGACAAAUUGUCCGCAGCUCGUCCCGGAGCUCGUGGCUACCAAUUAGAAGCUUAUAUUGAGCGAAUGGAUAGUUUGGAAAAGCUUGCUAAAGAAAUUCCAGGUGUUAAAAAGAGUUAUGUUUUCCAGGCAGGUCGAGAAGUUUGGAUAAUUGUUGAUCCGGAAAAAGUAGAUGACUAUCAAACUUGGGAAAUUUCCCAAAAAGUUAAAAAAAAAAUUAAAGAACAAAUAGUUAUUUUGGGAGAAGUAACGAUCCAAGUAGUACGAGAAAAAAAAUUUACUCAGAAGUUGAAUAUUCUAGAUACUCGUGUUAAAGUUGAUAAAGAAGGCGGAUUAGAAUCAGUUCAAGAAGUAGUGAAAAGAAAAACUAAGAAACCUUGA